ACACCGCCGGUUCACACUACCACAUAGUCGGUCCGUUAAACCCUAAAACCUUCGAAUCCAUCUCUCAGCUUCACUGACACGACACAUUUCCCUCCUAAUUCUCCCUCGCUGCUUUCUCCAUUGAAGUCUCCCGACCCUUGAGGGCAAGCUUACCGCUGUUGCAGCUAUGUAUCUCUACAGCCUCACUCUUCAGCGAGCCACCGGCGUGGUGGCCGCCAUUAACGGCAGCUUUUCCGGCGGCAAGUCCCAGGAGAUCGUCGUUGCGCGGGGCAAGCUUCUCGACCUCCUACGCCCCGACGACACCGGUAAGCUCCAGACCAUUCUCUCCGUCGAAAUAUUCGGUGCUAUUUGCUCCUUAGCUCAGUUCAGGCUUACUGGAUCUCAGAAGGAUUACAUCGUCGUGGGUUCCGAUUCCGGGAGGAUUGUGAUUUUGGAGUACAACAAGGAGAAGAAUGUGUUUGAUAAAGUUCACCAGGAGACGUUUGGGAAGUCCGGGUGCAGGAGGAUAGUUCCUGGUCAGUACUUGGCGGUUGACCCCAAGGGGAGGGCAGUGAUGAUUGGAGCUUGCGAGAAGCAGAAGUUGGUCUAUGUGUUGAAUAGGGAUACAGCAGCUAGGUUAACGAUAUCCUCGCCUUUGGAAGCACAUAAGUCGCACACCAUCGUGUAUCACAUUUGUGGGAUUGAUUGUGGGUUUGAUAAUCCAAUCUUUGCUGCUAUUGAGUUGGAUUAUUCGGAGGCUGACCAGGAUGCAACAGGGCAGGCUGCAAAUGAGGCACAGAAGAAUUUGACUUUUUAUGAACUUGAUUUGGGGCUUAACCAUGUUUCUCGGAAGUGGUCUGAGCCUGUCGAUAACGGUGCUAAUAUGCUUGUUACGGUUCCUGGUGGCGGAGAUGGACCAAGUGGAGUGUUGAUUUGUGCUGAAAAUUUUGUUAUCUACAAGAAUCAAGGACAUCCCGAUGUAAGGGCAGUGAUUCCUAGGCGUGCUGAUUUGCCUGCUGAGCGUGGUGUGUUGAUAGUCUCUGCAGCAACGCAUAAACAGAAGUCCAUGUUCUUUUUCUUGUUGCAGACUGAAUAUGGGGACAUUUUCAAAGUCACCCUGGAGCAUGAGAAUGACAAGGUUUCAGAGAUCAAGAUAAAGUAUUUUGAUACGAUUCCAGUGACAGCUUCAAUGUGUGUGUUGAAAUCAGGCUUUCUAUUUGCUGCAUCAGAGUUUGGAAAUCAUGCUUUGUAUCAAUUUCAGGCUAUUGGUGAGGACCCAGAUGUGGAGGCCUCUUCAGCUACUUUGAUGGAAACCGAGGAGGGCUUCCAGCCUGUGUUUUUUCAGCCAAGGGGGUUAAAGAAUCUUGUUAGAAUUGACCAGGUUGAGAGUUUGAUGCCUAUUAUGGACAUGAAAAUUUUUAAUCUUUUUGAUGAAGAAACACCUCAGAUAUUUACCCUUUGUGGCCGAGGGCCUCGAUCAUCCUUGAGAAUUUUGAGGCCUGGCUUGGCUGUAAGUGAGAUGGCUGUGUCUCAGCUUCCUGGUGUGCCAAGCGCAGUUUGGACUGUGAAAAAGAAUGCCAGUGAUGAAUUUGAUGCAUACAUUGUUGUAUCUUUUACUAAUGCAACUCUGGUUCUCUCUAUCGGAGAGACAGUUGAGGAAGUUAGUGAUAGUGGGUUUCUUGAUACUACUCCUUCUCUUGCUGUUUCUCUGAUCGGUGACGAUUCAUUAAUGCAAGUUCACCCAAAUGGUAUUAGGCAUAUAAGGGAAGACGGACGUAUUAACGAGUGGAGAACUCCUGGAAAAAGGACAAUUGUGAAAGUUGGCUCCAACAGACUACAAGUGGUUAUUGCUUUAAGUGGAGGGGAACUUAUAUAUUUUGAGGUGGACAUGACUGGUCAACUAAUGGAGGUGGAAAAGCAUGAGAUGUCUGGAGAUGUAGCUUGUUUGGACAUUGCCCCAGUUCCUGAAGGAAGGCAGAGGUCAAGGUUCCUUGCAGUUGGUACAUAUGACAACAUUAUCCGUAUCUUGUCUUUGGAUCCCGAUGACUGCAUGCAGAUUCUGAGUGUGCAAAGUGUUUCAUCAAUUCCAGAAUCUCUUCUAUUCCUUGAGGUGCAGGCCUCAAUGGGUGGUGAAGAUGGAGCUGAUCAUCCAGCUAGUCUCUUCCUCAAUGCUGGGUUGCAGUCUGGGGUUCUGUUUAGGACAGUGGUGGAUAUGGUGACUGGCCAGCUUUCUGAUUCUCGUUCCCGAUUCUUAGGAUUGAGGGCUCCAAAGCUCUUUUCAAUAGCUGUGAGAGGUCGCCGUGCAAUGCUAUGCUUAUCAAGUCGACCCUGGCUUGGUUAUAUUCACCAAGGGCAUUUCCUGUUAACCCCACUUUCAUACGAGACUCUUGAAUAUGCCGCUUCAUUCUCAUCCGAUCAAUGUGCAGAAGGUGUUGUUGCUGUUGCUGGUGAUGCACUCCGGAUUUUCACUAUCGAGAGGUUGGGUGAAACGUUUAAUGAAACUGCAAUUCCUCUCAGGUACACUCCGAGGAAGUUUGUAAUUCAACCCAAGCGAAAGCUUCUGGUUAUUGUUGAGAGUGAUCAGGGAGCAUAUACAGCAGAGGAACGCGAAGCUGCUAAAAAAGAGUGUUUUGAGGCUGCUGGUAUGGGCGAAAAUGGAACAUCCAAUGAGCAGAUGGAGAAUGGUGAUGAUGAAGACAAAGAGGAUCCCCUCUCAGAUGAGCAAUAUGGCUACCCCAAGGCUGAGUCUGACAAGUGGGUAUCUUGCAUCAGAGUUCUGGACCCUAGGUCAGCAACCACGACCUGUCUGCUUGAACUUCAGGACAGUGAAGCUGCAUUCAGUGUAUGCACGGUUAAUUUCCAUGAUAAGGAACAUGGUGCUCUUUUGGCUGUUGGUACAGCUAAGGGGUUGCAGUUCUGGCCAAAGAAAACGUUGGCUGCUGGAUUCAUUCACAUUUAUAAAUUUGUGGAUGAAGGGAGAAGGCUAGAGCUUUUGCACAAGACACAAGUGGAAGGUGUCCCAGUGGCUUUGUGCCAGUUCCAAGGUAGAUUACUGGCUGGAAUAGGCUCUACACUCAGACUAUAUGACUUGGGGAAGAAGAGGUUGCUCAAGAAAUGUGAGAACAAGCUUUUCCCAAACACGAUUAUUUCUAUUCAGGCCUACCGUGACCGCAUUUACGUGGGCGACAUCCAGGAGUCUUUCCACUUCUGCAAGUAUAGGCGGGAUGAGAAUCAGCUCUACAUAUUUGCUGAUGAUAGCGUUCCAAGGUGGCUGACAGCAUCACAGCAUGUAGAUUUUGAUACCAUGGCAGGUGCAGACAAGUUUGGGAACAUCUAUUUUGCAAGAUUGCCACAGGAUGUGUCUGAUGAGAUUGAGGAAGAUCCGACGGGCGGGAAGAUAAAAUGGGAGCAAGGAAAGCUUAAUGGAGCUCCUAACAAGGUUGAAGAAAUAGUACAGUUUCAUGUCGGUGACGUGGUUAGUAGUGUCCAGAAGGCAUCUUUGAUUCCUGGUGGUGGAGAGUGCAUCAUAUAUGGCACAAUGAUGGGUAGCUUGGGGGCAUUGCUGCCGUUCAAUUCUAGGGAUGAUGUCGACUUCUUCUCACACCUGGAAAUGCACUUGAGACAGGACCAUCCACCAUUGUGUGGAAGGGACCAUAUGGCAUACAGAUCUUCCUAUUUCCCUGUUAAGGAUGUGAUCGAUGGAGAUCUGUGUGAACAGUUCCCCACCUUGCCUAUCGAUGUACAGAAGAAAAUUGCUGAUGAGUUGGACAGAACUCCAGGGGAGAUACUGAAGAAACUCGAGGAAGUCCGAAACAAGAUCGUUUGAGGCAUGUUUGUGUUUUUGUACGAAUAUGUAUGAGUUAGUUAUCGUGGACAUGGAUGUGCUAUUCGAUGCAUUCUCGUUUCAUACCGAGUUGCUGCACCACAAUCGCAGUGCUUCGGAAUCACUUCCCAGAAUCGCUGGAGGGUCACGUAGUUGAGCUAAUGAGAACCCUAGUCUAGUACAAACUUGUAACACAGGAAUUGAAAGAAAGGAUUGGGAUCAAUGUCGCCCCCCGCCUUGGUUCAGAUGCCAUUAGUAGUGAUGUUGGAAUUGUCCAAAUUUUGCUUUCAUAUCCUUGUAAUCACAAAAUAUCAGGAUUUGUUGCUGAAUAGUCCCUUAGAUGAUGAUUCUGUCGUGAUUGCAGGAAACAAAACUCUGCCUGGUGGUCCAACUUCCUGGUCUUCUUUGGCUUUCAUUAUUUUCCCCAUGGAUGUUAAAUACUGGAUAAUCUCUCCAGCUGAUGAAGUGUUCUUUAUUCAUCACGCCAUCUUAAAUAGAGUUAUGACUUACGAGAAUGAAAACGCCUUUUCCAAAGCAAAGAUAAUUAUCUUUUUCCUUGCCGACGUAUAUCAAUAAUAAUAUAUAAUAGAAUUAACAUUUUAGCUUAUCGGCCCAAACUAACCAGACCGAGCCGAGCCAAAUAAUUUGGACUAAGAAUUGGGUAGGGGCCGCGCGAACGCAGGCCCCGCUGCCACAAAUUAUGACGUAGGCUCUCCCACUAUGGGGAGACCUUAGCCCAGCACCCCUCCAGAAGUGCAAUGGAGGUCACUGACCUAGACCACAAGCCUUACUGAUCGUCCGUAGAUCCCGUCCAGGUAAGUAUGUUGUGAAGAAGCACCCAACUCUUGUUUUAUAGUCCGCUAUCCCUUCUAAACUUCUUGUGCUCGGAAAUGUGGUAUUUUCACUUGCCACUUCCAAAACUUCUUCUAUCUUUACUACACCUCCCUCCCGCUGCCAACUAAUCUUUCCAUCUUCCCCAUCUCUCUGUACCUCUCUGCAGUCAUUCCUCACAUCACCAUUGACACCAUCUGAUGAAGAGCUUGGCUGAAUGUUCUUAAGGUUUUUACAAGGACCGGUAUGAGUUGUGAUGAUUAGGGUAAUGGCGAUUAGAAUGCUAAGAACGUGAUGAGGAGUUGGCCUGCUUGUAGAAAAAUCACAGAGUGCAUAUUUUUCGAUAGUCCUUGAUCCAUGGUGAGGAUUCCCAGCAAGAAAUGCAGCAAAUAAAGUGAGUGAUCUAGUGGGGGAGGAGAAUGAAGCCGUGUGGGAAUAGUUGCAUAUGCAAGUUUGUUAUUCUUUGCAUAGUCGUGUGUCCAUCAAUCGAUCUCAAAACUCAAAAGUUCAUUUAAGAACGAGGGGCUUGGAAGUGGGGUUUGCCUUAGCUUCAACAGAGUAGCAGAAGAGUUUCCAUUGUUGGGUUUCAUCAACAGUAACAUAACCUGAAUACUGCUGGGAACUAGAUGGAACUAUUUACUUAAAUCGACAAAACCCAACCAAGUGACUGUUCCUUGUUUACAAUGUGAGGAACAUGAUUUUAGUUGUCAUUGACUUAUGAUGUCUGCUUAAGUUAAAAGAGAAUCAUUGAAAUAAUUACACCUUGGAGAAUUCCCACUUUGCAACGGAUUGUGAAAGGCACUACAAUGUUCGAAGGCGUCCAGUUGAGAGAUCUCAAGUUGCCAAAGGUUUCCUAGCUACAAAAGUAGCAAACAAUGAGAGGGAUCUCCUUGGUGACGAGAAUGGGCAAUGUGAGAAACUCCUCUUAUAGUUGCAAAUGCAAGCUUAUUCCCACCAUAAAUCUGUGUCCAUCCAUCCACCAACCUGAAUCACAAAUCACAGCAACAGGAAAAGGAAGUUAAUAGUUAUGUAAUAGAUAAUGUGGAUUGGC